AUGGUUGUCGAUACGUCAUACUACGAUGCGCUCGGCGUGAAGCCGACGGCGACGGACCUGGAGAUCAAGAAGGCCUAUCGCAAGAUGGCCAUGGUCCACCACCCAGGCAUGUGCCAGCCACUGCCCGCAGCGCUUAACCCCGACGACCCCUCCGCCCACGAGAAAUUUCAGGCCAUAGGCGAGGCUUACCAGGUCCUGUCCGACUCGGACCUGCGAAAGGCCUACGACAAGUUUGGAAAAGACCAUGCCAAACCGCAGGAGGGUUUUGCCGACCCCGCCGAGUUCUUCACCAGCAUCUUCGGCGGCGAUGCAUUCGUGGACUGGAUCGGCGAGAUCGGCCUGAUGAAAGAUCUUACCACCACCAUGGACAUCACUGGCAUGACCGAAGAGGAGGAAGCAGCAGCAGCCGCCGCCGCCGCCGCCGCCGAGGACGACCCCGAAUUCCCCGGGACCUCAGAGGCCACCAAGGAGAGCAUGAAGACCACAGCAAACGUCGAUGGCAUGGGCGAGAAGCAUGCAUCCCCUCCGACUGCCAAGGUGGAACAGGACGCUACCGCUGGGGAAAAGCCUGCGACAACGAGCGACAAACCCGCAGUGUCACCCGGCCUAUCGCCUUCCGGCACUGCUCCCUCCCGCACCUCAUCUCCCGCGCCCGGCAGCGGCACCUCGACCCCGAAUAAGUACAAGAUCCCGAUUCGGCCCGCGAUCAUGGACCGCCCCUCGGACGACACCACCGUGACCUCGGAUGCCCAGGGCGACUCGUCGCUGCACAAGAAGGACAAGGACAAGAAGAAGGCCGGCCUGACCAAGGAGCAACGGGAGAAGCUGGCCGAGUACGAGAGAGAAAGGACACGCGUGCGCCAGGAGCGCGUGGAUAUGUUGGCCAAGAAGCUGCUGGACCGCAUAUCAGUGUGGACAGAGACAGACAAGGGUGCCGACGUGACAAGGGCAUUCCAGGAGAAGAUACGGCUGGAAGUGGAGAACCUCAAGAUGGAAUCGUUCGGCCUGGACAUCCUACACGCCAUCGGCCAGACGUACCUAGCCAAGGGCACAAACCUGCUCAAGUCGCAGAAGCUGUUCGGGAUCGGCGGCUUCUUUGGGCGGAUGAAGGACAAGGGGACCAUCGUGAAGGAGACAUGGAAUACCAUCUCGAGCGCUAUUGACGCACAGCAGACGAUGGAGGAGAUGGCACGCAUGGAGGAGAAGGGCGGCGAGGAGUGGAGCGACGAGAGGAAGAUGGAGUACGAGAGACGGGUCACGGGCAAGAUCCUGAAUGCGGCGUGGCGGGGAAGCAAGUUUGAGAUCCAGAGCGUGCUGCGCGAGGUUUGCGAUGCCGUGUUGAACGACAAGAAGAUUCCGUUGGCAAAGAGGCUGGAGCGAGCGCAGGCCAUGGUCAUCAUUGGCGAGAUUUGCGCCAAGGCUCAGCGAUCGCCCGAAGAAGAAGGUGACUUCAUGGCCUUUGAGCAGCUCGUAGCAGAGGCCACGAUUAAGAAGGAGAAGGAGAAGGAAAGAGAAGAGCGCAAGAAGAAGCACAAACACCACCCGCACUCGGAAAGCCCCACCGGCGAGGCUCCGGCCACUGCAUAG